GUACGUGCGCGGUUUCCGCACAUGGUGGGCGGUGCGCCGUGCCUGACCAUGGACGCGGCGUCGGACGUGAGCAGCGGCAGCGGCGCCGACAGCACGGCCGACGACCAGGCCGUCUGCCGCGACUACCUGCGCAACGUUUGCCGCCGCGGCCGGCGCUGCAAGUUCCCGCACCCGGCCGGUGCCGACGACGAGCUGGCCGUGGCGCCGGUGCGGCCCGAGCUCGUCACGUUCUGCCACGACUUCCAGAACGGCCAGUGCGCGCGGCCCAGCUGCCGCUUCGUGCACUGUGAGCGCGGCGACGAGGAGCUGUUCCGCCGCACUGGCGAGCUGCCGACCCAGGUGCUCGAGGCGGCCGUCAAGCGCGGUGCCGACAUCCGCGUCGGCCGGCACGAGGUGCCCGUGUGCAAGGACUUCGCGCGCGGCGAGUGCGCGCGCGGCGCCAAGUGCAAGUACCGUCACCUGACGUUGGCGGAGCUGGAGCAGCUGUGCGGCGGUGGGCGGAUGGCCGAGGCGGCCGCCGACGGCGCCGAGUCGUGCGAGCCGCCUGAGGCCAAGCGGCGACAUUUUGACGACUACUCGCACCGCGGAGUGGUGGUCCGGGACUACCGGCAGGCGCCGCUCUCGCGCGAGCCCAACCCGCACUCCAUCAUUGACUACCGGCUGAUCGAGGACGAGAACCGUAUCCUGCAGCGGCGCAUCCAGGAGCUGCAGAAGCAGGUGGACGACCUCACCACCACCAACGAGUUCCUGCUGGACCAGAACGCGCAGAUGCGGCUGGCCAAGCAGGCGGGCGGCGGCGUGACCAGCCUGGCCACCGUCACCGUGCCGGCCGUGUCCAUGGCCAGCUCGAUGACCAACGGCGGCGUGCCCACGGCGCCGCUGACCAUGUGCCCCAUCAGCCAGCCGAUGGUGGCGCAGGGCGCCGCGCCCCAGGUGGUCACCGUGCCGUGCAGCAUGGGCGCCGGGCCCGUCACGCUGACGCACACGCCCGGCUCCACGGCCGCCAUCGGCGUCAGCCUGGCGCCCGUCACGAUCCACCAGCAGGGCGCCGUCGUCUCCAUGGCGUCCAUGGCGUCCAUCAACCAGGCGGCCGUGGCCUCCAUGGCGAACAUGAACCCCAUGGCGGCGGCGUCCAUGGCGUCCAUCAACCAGCCGGUGGCAGUGUCAAUGGCAUCCAUGGCGUCCAUCAACCAGGCCGCCGUGGCCUCCAUGGCGAAUAUGAACCCCAUGGCGGCGGCGUCCAUGGCAUCCAUCAACCAGCCGGUAGCAGCUUCCAUGGCGUCAAUGGCCUCCAUCAACCAGGCGGCUGCCGCCUCCAUGGCUUCCAUGAAUAAUAUGGCGGCGGCCUCUAUGGCCUCUAUCAACCAGCCGGGUGCGGCGUCGUUGACGUCUAUGAACCCGAUGGCGGCUGCAUCAAUGGCCUCCAUCAACCAGCCAGUGGCGGUGGCGUCCAUGGCCUCCAUUAACACGGCCGCCGCCGCCGCUGCAGCUCAGGUGAACGCGCAGGUGGCGUGCUCGCUGAGUGGCGGCCCGAUCGUCUCCUACCCGAUCGUGUCGCAGUUGCGGCCGAUCCUGUCGUCCAACCUGCAGACGCAGUAGCCGCCUGACGGUGCGGCGCGGCGCGGCGCGGAGCUCCAGCCCGGCCGUCCGCUGCCGGCGCCCGGACCGCGCGCGGCCGAGCGCGGACGCGCUCACCGACGGGGACCGCCAGUGACGGGGCCAGGGGUGUCGCGGUGUGUACUGUCAGGAGAGCCUGAGCCCCCCCCCCCCAUGCUGACUUAGCCCCCCCCCCUCCCCACCGCUCCCGUGAACCCCUCAAUGCGUUUGAGCAAAAAGGUAAUAUUGAAUUGGAGAAACGGAGACAAUUUAUCUUAAUUAUUGGGGUUUAGUUACUAAGAUGAUUUCUGUGAAUUCACCCAUUGUAAGCUUUCACAAAAAUACAGUCUCGCAUCGACUUGAAAUGUUACGGCAUUCACGUGCAGACAAAAUGAAAUCAACGAUCUUGAAUCGAUGAAUUUAAUGAAUCAAUGAUCAAUGAAUUUAAACACCAAGGAGGCAGAUAAAUUGGCAAAUCCGAGGAAAAAUCCGGUUUUGGUGGUAGGUUGGGCCAACAUUGUCGGCCCAGCCUGGGGUCGCUUUCUAAAAUUAGUGGGGCGGGGACUCAGUCGAAUAGGUUGACCUAGCCCAUCUCCAAAGGCUGAUUUCUCCCCGGAUGUCGCCACUUCAAGUUGCGUCUUCAAUGUUGAAAUUUAACACAAACAUUUUUAAUAGCUCAGGGAUUCAAAAUUGUUUUCCUACGAGGCACUGACUUCCCAUUUCAGGUUUAUGUCAGCUGCCUUUUGAUGACAAGCUUAGAAUGGGAUGCGAUUCACACAAAAACGAACAACGAACAAAAUCAAGAAAGGUUCCUUCGGUCUAGUAUACCAACAGUCAAUAUAAUUGUUCUGGACGUAUUUCGCCCAGCGUUCCCUCGUUGCUCGGUAUGCAUUGAGGGGACUCAGAGGGGCGUUGGGCGGUGGAUCAAGUCAGGA